AUGCCGCCAAAGGCGAAGGAAGGUGCCCGGAAACGCAACAGCUCCCGAGACCGUCGCGGCGCCGCGAAAGCCGCCGCGGCCGCUGCAACGGCGGCGUCUGCGCGGCGAAAGUCGGCGCCGCCGGCGGAGACCGGAGGUUCAGAACCUGCGGCCUCAAAAGAAGAAUCAAAGGAAUCAAAGGAUGAAGUCGUGGAGGAAGUGAAGGAAAAGGCGCCGCCCGUGGUGAAAAUGCAGAAGGAGCAGAUCAAGAUGGUGUUCACAAGAUUCGACCUCAACGGCAACGGCACCAUCGAAGUCGAUGAGUUGGCCACCGUCUUUCAAGUCCUGGCCCCACGCGGCUUGGCGCCGACGGGACCUGAAGAGAUCAAGGAGAUUCAGCCGGACGACCUUCAAAAGUUGGAAACCUUGAUGGUCGUUCCUGACCCCAUUCGUCGAACUCUGGAAGCUGUGUACAUGCUGUUGCUUCCAUCCUCUGGUUUGCCUUCCAUCAAUGCCCUGACCCCCCCAGAGUGGGCCGGGAUUCAGGAGAUGUUGAAAGACAGUUCCAUGCUUCAGCGUGUGUUGAAUUAUACUGCUCGCAAGGAGGAGAUGGUCACCCGGCCGUUGUGGGGAAGCUAUGCAGCCAGACGCUUCUUUAGCAUUGAGAAGGUGGACGCUGAUCUCAAGGAAUUGGAUGAACCGGCGAGGCCCCUGUCCUACGAGCGGGUGCUGAGUUCUUGCGAGUCCUUGUUCGGAACUGCCGACGGAAAGAAGCACGCGGUGGUGCUGCUGUACAAAUGGGUUUUGUCGUUGCUGAUGCCCGAUUUGAAAGAGCUUGCAGACCGCUUUGGGCAGUAG